AUGUUGCACAAGGGCUGUCAGCCCGCUUCGCCCUCUUUAGCCGCUGCUAAGGAGUUCACGGGUUUGCUGCUGGAGAAAAGGCACCGGCCCCUCUCUCUUGAGAAGUAUUACGCAGAGUGCCACAAAGCAGUUCAACAGUUCCUCGCGCAGGGGCCGCAGCAUCUUCUCUGUGGACUUGAAGGCGCUGCGUUUUCUACAGAAAAAUGCCAUGAAUAUGAGAGACUCUGCGACAUCCAGCAGCAGCAGCAACAGCAGGAAGCUCUCGAGGCGAUGCACGAGCCUGUGAAGCAGCAGCAGCAGCAGCAGCAGCAGCAACUGCAGCAGCAACAGGAACCUGAGGAGCAGCAUAGUGCAGAAUGUGGUAAAAAGAGAGCACAGAAGGAUGCUGCAGCUAGCAGCAGCAGCAGCAGCAGCAGCAGCAGCAGCAGUGGCAGAAGCAGCGACGAUUCAUCGCCCAGACAGAGCAACGCCGCACAGAAUGGCACUGAGGCAGCAGCAGCAGCAGCAGCAACAACAGCAGCAGCAGCAGCAACAACAACAGCAGCAGCAGCAGCAGCAACUACGUCCGGGCCAGCAGGCGAAAGCCGAAAGAACGCCACGGCUGCAGCAGGGGCAUCGGACGCCAAGCCCGCUGCAGGGGACAAAAAAUGCAGCAGCAGCAGCAGCAGCAGCAGCAGCAGCAGCAGCAGCAACAGCAGCAGCGCAGGGCUAUCUGAGCUAGCGGGGGCCCUCAUAGAGGCCGAGGCCCCCAUUGUGCUGCAUAAUGGGCUUUUGGAUUUGCUGCACUUGUUGGACAAAUUUGUCCAAGAUGUUCCUUCCACCCUUUCGGAAUUUGCAAAAGAAGUUUCCAGACUUUUUAGCGGCGGUGUUUUCGACACCAAGUACAUUGCAACUCACGUGACUGCCUGCAACACUUUCGGCAGGACUGCGCUGCACGCCCUGAGGAACCACUUGCUGGCCAUUCCAGGCCUCAGCUGCUGCUUCGUAGUGGACGAGAGCCGCAAGAGUUCCUUUGACUUCUCUUUCAAAGAGCUAAACGUCGCCCACAAGCUGCCUGAGGCGCGCAGCCAUGAGGCUGGCUAUGACGCUUUGGUGACGGCUCAAAUUUUUGUUUGUCUGGCGGCAGCUGAGGCGAAGACGCGGCAAACAGAGGUCUCUUUGGCCCUCCUCGAAAAGGGGAGAGAUAUAAUUGGGGUUCCUGGGAUUCCCCCGGGCUACUUAGAGCUGCAGCAGUACUUAGGCAGCAGCAGCAGCAGCAGCAGCAGCAGCAGCAACAGCAGCGGCAGCAACAGCAAGAGUAGCGACAGCAAGAGCAGCAGCAGCAGCAACAGCAGCAGCAGCAGCAGCAGCAGCGAUAGGGAGACAAAGGAUACAAAAGACUCAAAAGAGGUGCAGCAAAUAACAGAAGCAGCUGACAGCUGCAGCGACGAGCAGCAGCGCAGCAGCAAAAGAAGGGCGAAGGAGAGACACUCGAGUAGCUCCCCUGCUGCUGCCCCUGUUGCUGCCCCUGCUGCUGCUGCUGCUGCUGCUGCUGCAGCAGCAGCAGCAGAGACUGGCAGCGACCGGGGGCUCCGACGUGCAGCAAAGAGCAGCCGAGCCGCUGGCUGA